AACUUCGAAAAAAGAAAAGAAAAUUUUGGUUGAACCGAAAACCAUUGUUUUGAAUGAAACGGAGGUUGAGUUUGGGUGAAAGAGGAUAAGAGCGACGAGAGAGAGACAGAGAGAGACAAUGCAAAUUGCUGCUGCCAACUUCUUUCUUUCUGUAAAUCCCAAGGCUAUAUAUCAUAAGCAGACAACAGAUUACUUUACUCCAAACCUCACUUGCAUAGGUGUAUCUUUUCCCAGUCAAAUUAGAUAUGGUAGCAGGAAAAUUUCCUUGAGUAAAAAUAACAGAUAUCUUCCAGCUGCUUGUGCUGUGUUAUCAGAAAAUGUGAGUGUUUCAUCUUCUCAGUUUGAAGACUUCUCCGUCACUAAUGUUACCAAUACAAAGGAGAAUAAAGAACUAAAGAUUCGUGUUGAGGUGUCAGGAGCCAAAACUCGAGCAAUUUUCAAUGUCGUGUUUGACAGAAUGGUAGCUGAAGCCCAACCUAUUCCAGGUUUUAGAAGAGUGAAAGGAGGAAAGACGCCAAAUAUACCCCGAGACAUUCUAUUAGAGAUACUGGGACCUUCUAAGGUGUACAAACAAGUUAUUAAGGAAGUUAUCAACUCUACUGUUGCUGCCUAUGUGGAAAAGCAGGAAGCUCUAAAAGUGGGUAAAGACUUGAGAAUAGAUCAAAGCUAUGAGGAUCUUGAAGACCAAUUUGAACCAGAUGAAAAUUUCUUCUUUGAUGCCAUUAUUCAGCUUAAGGAAUCAAACUGAACUACUGAACUAUUUGUUAACAUACAUUCACUCAAACUUGAUGCAAUUUUGCUAGGAAUCUCCAAAUCAUCAGUUCAACUAAAAUGAUAGCAUGUUGGAGCUUUUUUCUUAGAAAAAUACCAUAUUUAGUUCGCAUACUUCGAUUUUUGUUUCA